AUGUCAAGGCCACGGUCACGAUCGCCCCACAAUUCUCACAGGUGAAUACCUUGCACACUGUUCAUUUUACCUGCUAGUCCAGUGUGUGGGUCAAUACGUUUCCUUCACAAUGUUGGCUCAACUCGGCACACUGUAUGAAAGGUGCUUUACAAUUCAAAUGUAUUAUUUUUUGUGUUAUUACAGAGGCAGUCCACGGAGGCAGGAUGGCCGGAGGUUCCCCUGGGAUGACCCAGACUUCGACCCCCAGCAGGUUCUGGCUGACCUGGGCAGGCUGCCCUGGGAGGAGAACCGCAGCCCUGGGGAUCCUCACGAGGACCAGUGGGUCCGCUUCAUGGACGAGAUCCACCCAGAUGGCCACAGAAGACCUAUGCCUAGAGGGAACCUUUGCCCAGAAGGCCACAGAAGACCUCUUUCUCCAGGUCUCCACAGGCCUGACCACCACCUCCCCCCAGAGGACUUCCACCAUCGCAGGACCCCACCGCCCCCUCACGAGCUGGGCUACGCCGAGCGCAGGAGGCUCUCCCCCCAUGAUGGAGGAGGGGGUGACAGAGGACGAGUGAAAGAAGAAUUCCAGAGAUGCGAAGGAGAGAGGCCGCCCCACUCCCCGCAGAGGCUACCCAGAGAGAGGCUGCCAUCACUGGCCCCGCAGCACCCUCACUACAGUCCUAGCCACCACCAGAGAGAAGAGAGGGACCAAAGCCAUGGGAGGUCCAGGGACCGCAGCCCCAGGGAGAGGGUUCAGGGUGGGGGGAAGUGGGAGAGGAGGGGUGGGGGUGGAGAUUUUUCCGGUUCCUAUAGAGACAGGAGGAAAGAUGACAUGCAAAGAGAGCGGAGCACCAUCUCUGACCGGAACCGGAGGGAAACUGUUGAAGCGGUGAAUCCUGGGUAAAUUUGAGCAGUGUUCCGCUGGAGUUUUAUGACCAAAAGCCAGAGAAGAAAAUUGGAGAGGAGAACCCAGCUUCCUGUUUUUUCUAAGUGCAAACUUCACUCUGCUACUGUGUCCCUUGUGUAAUAGUGUGACGGUAUAGUAGUUGUAGAUUUAAUUGCAUGGCUUAAAAUGCAUCACAUGUCUCUGUGAUCCCUGAGAACCAGUUAAGUGCAUGACAUGACUUAUGAUAUAGUUGAAAACUUUACUAUUAUUACCCGCUGCAAUCUAGAGAGGCUGUGCGAGCCUGUGAAUACAUUUAAUUCAUAUUCUACAUGUUUUCCUAAAUAAAUCAAAUGCUACAUUACAAAUUAAUCUAACUGUUAGGUGUAGUCAGCAUGAUUGUAUGUCAUCUGUUAGUGCUGAACCAUGUCACCUGCUCUUUAUGUCGACACAGGUACAGGAGGGAGACAGAGUUUAGGGAGCGCCGCCCCUCGUUGGAGAGGCCCCGGGAAGGGUACGACGGAGGAAGGCCACUGGGGCGCAGUGGCCCCUCAGGGGGCCAUGAUGGCCAGGGGCCUGGAACCCUCAUCGUGGAGCAUGACCAUGGUAUAAUGAACAGCGGGGAGCCAGAACCGUACUACAACCACAAGGGCCCCGACCGCAACCGGAGCCACAGCCACGACCGAUUCGGUCACCAUCAUAACCGGGUCGGAGCCUCUGAGGAGCGGUUCAGGAAGUCAGGCAGCAGAUCCAAUACCAGAGAGGAGUCCAGGGGCCGGCCUGCACAUGAGGAGAGGAGGGGCCCUGUCCAUGAGGAGAGGAGGGGCCCUGUCCAUGAGGAGAGGAGGGGCCCUGUCCAUGAGGAGAGGAGGGGCCCUGUCCAUGAGGAGAGGAGGGGCCCUGUCCAUGAGGAGAGGAGGGGCCCUGUCCAUGAGGAGAGGAGGGGCCCUGUCCAUGAGGAGAGGAGGGGCCCUGUCCAUGAGGAGAGGAGGGGCCCUGUCCAUGCGGAGAGGAGGGGCCCUGUCCAUGCGGAGAGGAGGGGCCCUGUCCAUGAGGAGAGGGGCCCUGUCCAUGCGGAGAGGAGGGGCCCUGUCCAUGCGGAGAGGAGGGGCCCUGUCCAUGAAGAGAGGAGGGGCCCUGUCCAUGAAGAGAGGAGGGGCCCUGUCCAUGAGGAGAGGAGGGGCCCUGUCCAUGAAGAGAGGAAGGGCCCUGUCCAUGAAGAGAGGAGGGGCCCUGUCCAUCAAGGGAGGAGAGGGCCUACACACAACGAGAGCAGAGGGACUAUACAUGAGUCCAGAAGAAGCCCUAACCGUCAGGGGAGCGCCAUCCCCAUAGGCUUCCAGGAUAGAGGUAGUCCCACAGAUCCUAAGGCCAGAAACAGUGCAUUCUGUGGGGCGAGGGGGGUCCCAGCCCGGGGUGGCAAGAGACAGAUGGGGCCCUCCAGGAACCAACCUCUCCUCCAGGGACAGCAGGGGUACGGACCCCGGGAUGCCAACACCCAGCACUCCCUUCCGGAGCACCAGCGGUACCAACCCAGAGGAGGCAACUGGGACAUGGAGCCCAGAAUGGAGGAGCCCGGCUGGGCAGAGGAGCGCGACAUGGAGCAGGACCGGGGACCAGGGCCGCGAGGAGGCCGGCCGCCAGCACGGGGCAGGAUGGGACCCAGGAAACCUCAGCUUAGAGAUCUCAAUCCCAACUGGAACCAGCAUCAGAACGACAUGGCAAUGCCUCGCAUAGGCGCCGGCAAGGAGGAGACACUCACCAUCAAAGUGGACAUGAAGCGCACCAUGGGCCAGAAUAGGUAAGGUGUUUCGGACAGCAACGUUUAGGGGUCAAGGGUGAAAGUUCAUGCUUCUUUUUAGCGCUCGCUUUCGACUGCAGGAAGACAUGUAUAGUCAGAAGCCCUGAGAGGAGGAAAGCUAGAAGAGGAAUGAUUCGUCAAACUGAUUUCUCGAUUCUACAAAGCAAGGAUUCUACAAAGCAAGUAUUCUACAUGCUGAGAAUUUGUGGUGGGAUGCAAUUUCUAUACCUAGGUCAAACUAAUCCUUCAUGGUGUGGGGCAUCACACAGUGAUAAACAUGGAGAAUGGCCAAAGCCUUCUUUCAGCAGUGGCCAUUUUAUAUUAUUGUCCUUCACAUUCUCAAACGCAUUAUAUGAAGGUGGAAUCAAUUCUUAACAGCAACUCAGAGCAAGCAUGUCGGGAUCUCCUAAAAAAUGUGUUUCUUACUCAUCCAGAGAAGCAGAACAUGUCAGACCAGCUUCACAACAAUAGAGAACAGAGAUACCACAGAAGAACGGCAGCUUCUGAGUAGAAGGCUACCUAUCAUCUGAGUAACCUAAUGGAUCUGUAGUUCUACUUCUAACCCUCAUCUGCUCAGGGCAGAGGUUUGCCUCAUCAGUUCUUCAGAAUUCUCUCUUUCAUCCAAAUGAACAUCCCAACAGGAUUGGCAACUCACAAAUGGAGUGGUUGCAACUUCCCUAAGAGCAGCCCUGACAACCAAGAGACCAACCAGCUGAUGUGUGAAGAGACACCAGCUGUGUGUUUGCAAAGAUUUACCGUCAUCAGACCCAUCUCAUCCUACACAACUGAAAUUAUUUUAACAAGCACAAGGGAAUUAUACAGAGCAAGGAGCCUGCAUGGUGUAACGUGCUGAAGGACCUCUGGGAGGUAAAGACUGGAUGAAGAGUGGAGAAGACCGUUCUGCUACUCACUCUACAGCUGAUUGACCUGAGUCUCAGAGGAAAAGCCAGAACCCAUUACUGGACAAAAUGGAAAAGUCUUGGUGCUAACCAAACUGAGCACUAACUGCAGAAGCGUCUCCCUGGUAUGGUGAAGGAUUGCCCUAAUAUACAUAUGGAGUUGGUGAGCCUGAUAAGAUGUCAGUCACUGAGCCACUGCAUGGCUGGAUCUGUGUCUUGGUCUGGGGCUAACUGAAGACGAUUUGGGCGGGGAAAGUGCCCUGAACUUCAGGAACAUCCGUUUGGAACCACCAUGUUGUUUUCAAUGCCUUGAGAAAAACUUGGAAUGAUCAGCUCUUGAUCAGCUAAUCAGAGAAAGACCCUUGUGAAAGGACUUAUUUCAGAAGCAAAGUGUUUUAGUGCUAGUCACUGAGCCAGGCAAUUCCCCUUACCAUACUCUGCAAGAUGAUACAUACACCAAAACACCAGCUCUAAUCAAGACUGUCUUUCAUUCAGAUCAAUGUUUAAAGGUAAGUCAACAUGUUCUUUCCGUCAUUGACUGUGUAUAGUAUUCUGCAGACUCCUAGAGCAGUGUUUCCCAACCCUGGUCCUCCAGUACCCCCAACAGUACACAUUUUUAUUGUAGCCCUGGACAAGCACAUCCGAUUCAACUUGUCAACUAAUCAUCAAUCCCUCAAUGAGUUGAAUGAGGUGUGUUUGUCCAGGGCUACAACGAAAAUGUGUACUGUUGGGGGUUCUCGAGGACCAGGGUUGGGAAACACUGUCCUAGAGGAUCUUUAUACUUUAUCUGUCAAAGACACACAAAAAAUACUAGGACAAUUUUCAUUCUUCAUCCAAAGUGCUUUAUGCGAGAUGGACUCAUUCCCACUGUGAAGCUUUCCAAAGACCUUUAGCGAUCUCAAGCGUGGUAUUGCUCACCGUCAUCAACAAUGAUGCUCUUGAGUCUCAAAGCCUAAAGGAUUUUCGAGAAACGGUUAUCCUAAUAAUAGACUCGGACUCGAUGUAACCACUGCAUCACAAAACCUUUAAUUCUGAGGCCAAAAUGGAUCCAAAAUUUCCUCAACAUUUACACCACAGAUACUCAGAUGCCUGGCCUCUGAUACACAUGGCUUUUUUGACCACAGUGUGUUUCAACCUGCUCUCCUUUCAACAAAACUGUUGACUCAAAGAAAUUGACAGCAUAAAUUGAAAGCACAGCACUGAGUUGAUCUCACCUCUGAAGGACAACCCAAAGUAACGAUGUUGCCCUGAAAGCAACCGAACGCUACAGGUUCAUAUUACAACUCGCUUUGAGCUCUACCAGACCAGAGGUCACCGCUUGAUGCAUGACUACAAGUAAAGACUGGAUGCUACAGCUUAAGUCAUAUGGAUGUGAACAGACCAGGGAGAAUCCAAGUCAUUGGAUGGAGAAGCACAGUCAUUAAACACAUCAACAGUAAUCAACCUUCUGCAUGAAAUGAAGGCUUGGGUGACCAACUAGUAGACACAAGCAAGAGUGGAGAGGAGCAGAAGGCAAUGUGAAGGUCUGGAGAAUAUCAGGAUGAUGUCCAGUCAGAAAAGCAGUGGUUGAUGAAUGUCUGCCGAUAACCACCAUGUUGAAAAGAGUGAAAACGACUUUGGGACUUAACACGUGAAAAUAAAGCUUUUGGUUUGACUCUUAGAAGCUAUUCCACUAACUGUACCACCACUAUUGACCCUGAUACUCAUGGACUUCUCAGGCAGGAAGAAUCAUCAAGCUCUAAGAACGUCUCUUCUCCAAGAGGCUCUCAGAACCAUAUGACUAUUGAUGAACUGUCAUCCGUUUUGCACCAGGGAAACGGAGCUCUGUCAAAGUACUACGACAGCAAGGGGAAACCCAACCCAGUGAGGACUAAGGUAUUCCUGACAGAGAAACUGGACUCAGCCUAGUGAAAAGGCCCCAGAAUCAACACUUGGAGAAAAAUAAGAACUAAAGUAGUUCAGUGUGGAUGAAUCCUUAUGAAAACACUGAGUAUUGCGCUCAAAAACCCCUUAGUAAUAAGGUCUCCUAUACUGAUGGGAUCUGCCCUUCGCAGUCUACACUACAUACUCAAGAUGCAACCUGCUCACAAGGAUAACGACUCCUUUAAGAGACCAUACUGUCCACAUUGGACCAAUCACAGACAAGAACCACACUGUCUACUUUGGACCAUUCAAGAACGAGCCACACUGUCCAAUUUUAGACCAAUCAAGGAUAAGAACCACACUGCUGACCUUUUUACCACAGGAAGUGGAUCACUGACAUCCAGAAGUUGAUUGACGAGAAAUGCAGAGUGAAAAAAAUUGAAAGAAGCAUGACCUUUCACCUUUGACCCAUGCCAGUGUCCUUUACAUGACCUCACACUGGCACAGGAAAUGGUCAGGGAUGUAGUGGAGGUUAAACGCUGUUCACACCUUUUUUAUUUUCUGCAGUGCGAUUACACACCUUCUACGCCACAUACGCUUUGUUAGCAUAAGCAUUUACGUUACCGCCCGUUAUCUCAACUAGCAUUCAGCGUUUCACUAAUACAUCCCUGGGGACGAGAAAUGUCUCACUCUCUUCCUGUUGCGUUUCAAACUCCUACAGGCCUUAUUUGGUCUUAAGUGCCUUUUUGCAAAUAAUUCAAACCAACAGCUCUUGUAGAUGGUAUAUUUAAUCAGUCAUUUUUGCUUUCAAAUGUAAAGGUAAGUAUAGUGUGUUUUACAGAUACUUUGGUCAAGGUAAGGUUGUUCAGUAAAAUGUUAAGCUAAAUUUUAUUUACAGAAGAGAUCCAGCAGAAAACCACUUAACUCCCUUCAACAAAUUGAAUUUAAAAAAAUGACUGCUGCCCCAAACUACAGUUUUUACUUAAAUCAGUAGUACACUCUACAGUAACCAGCUACAGCAGCACACUCUACAGUAACCAGCUACAGCAGCACACUCUACAGUAACCAGCUACAGCAGUACACUCUACAGUAACCAGCUACAGCAGCACACUCUACAGUAACCAGCUACAGCAGCACACUCUACAGUAACCAGCUACAGCAGCACACUCUACAGUAACCAGCUACAGCAGCACACUCUACAGUAACCAGCUACAGCAGUACACUCUACAUUACCCAGCUAUAGCAGUACACUCUACAGUAACCAGCUACAGCAGUACACUCUACAUUAGAAGCUGUUAGUACUAUUAUUAAUUAGCCUUGAUUAUCCAACACAGUUAAGCCCUGGUAUUCAGCCCUGAUCCGAGAGGGUAAAGGCACUCCGCUUUCUUCCUCUCCAUUGCUCAUCUCUCUCUCCUCUACAGCCAGCUGUGCUACUCUUCAGACCGCCAGCUGUCGUUGGAUCUGGUCAACGUGGGCCGCAGGCGCCUCGACUUCCUACCCAUGCUAGAGCAUUCUGGGACGUACCGGGAGUCCACAAUGCACUCUGGGACUUUUGCCCAGGAGAUCAUCACCCUGGUGCACCAGGUGAAAGGUUAGGACACGAAACGCAGAAAUACUACACACAACUCGAAGAUGGGCACGCACACACAGUCACUUGUACACACACACACGCAUGCACAGCCCAUAGACACGCCUUCACACACAUUUAGACAGAACCUAUAGAUAUUUAUCUCUCUCACCCCCUCUCUCCAGAGCAUUACUUUAGGGGUGAUGGUGUAACGCUGACUGAGCGUUUCUGUGGUGCCCAAGAUGGAGGUCUGCCUGAGGAGGAGCAGGAGGAAGAGAGGCCUACUCUGAACAGGUACACACACACGCCUGGGUACUACGGUGAUGAGACUUAAGAGGCAUGGUUUUAUGUUUAAGCCUUCAAUGUGCUGUUUAUAAACUGUAGCUAUAUUUUAUUCCUUUUUCCUUCUCUUCUCCUCUCUAGGCGGUUCAACAUGAGUCUGUCAGAGCCUGAUAUGGAACCUCUCUUCUCCAAAGUUGGCCGCAUGCAGGUAGAAUGCAUGUUUUUAAAUGGUGAAUGAUUGAUAAUGUCGAUGGAUAGAUGGAUGGAUUGAUUGGCUGAUGGAUGUAUUGAUUGUUGUGUGUGUGUGUGUGAACAGAGGCAGCAGCAGGUGGUGAGUGACCCAGGAGACCUGAGACAUGACCUGGAGAGGAGGAGACUGGAGAGGCUGGAGGGGGUGAAGGUCACCAUCCCUGGAGGCAGGCUCUCACAGUGCCCCCUGGCUGCCGGGAGGUACUACAACACACUACAACACAGUGAAGCCAUGAUGGACUGUGGAUCUGUCUCUGUCCCUUAGUACACUCGUACGUUCGUCACGCGAUUUCUCAGACGGCACUGGCCCGAUUCUGACGACACUUGAGUGAAUGAUGCGUCUUGCCAUAGAGAUCCGGCAUUUACAAAAUUACACUGACUGGCCAAAUGGGGGCACUAUAACAAGCGAUUAAAAAAUGCAAACUUUGAAAGGUCACGCCCCUCACUCCGUUUGACCUAAAGUCAUACAAUUCGGUACAUAAGUCCCUCUCCUUACAAGGAACAAGUUUGCCAUGAUGGAUUUUCCACCAUUUAGAAUUUUGUGAAAAACACUUCAACGCUACUCUGACACCAAAUGACCGAUCUGCAUGAAACUUGAUACACUGUGGCAUCUAUGGACAAAUGUCUCUCAACGCAAUAUUUUCCAGACUAGUACCUAAAACAACAUGACCAAUAAACAUUCACGUGGGCGUGGUCUGGCGCACAAAUGCAUAUAAAUCAGUCACACAGGUUGCAAACACUGUCAACACUCAACAUAUGCAAGAACAUUAAUGUCGACCACGCGGUGGCUCUCUAACGGGCACAUGUUUUGUUACUAUCAGUAUAUUCUAGUUUGAAUUGUCACUAAUUGCAUCAUUCAUUGGGGACGGCAUGUCUACAGUUGCCUUUCUUGGAAUUAUCGCUGAUCUAUGGAUCCUUGUGUUCACCCAAUCUGUCAGAUCAGUGAUUACCUCACUAAAGAUGGCACCGACAGAGAGGGCUGCCUCGCUUCUAGUCCUUAGGAAACUUUGCAGUAUUUUGUUUUUUGAUGUAUUAUUUCUUACAUUGUUAGCCCAGAAAAUCUUAAGUGUUAAUACAUACAGCCGGGAAGAACUAUUGGAUAACAGAGCAGUGUCAACUUACGAGCACUACGACCAGGAAUACGACUUUCCCGAAGCGGAUGCUUUGUUCGCACCACCCAGGGCAUUUGAACUGAUUCCAGAGGCCGACCCAAAACAACGCCGCUGGAGGAGAGGGAGCCGGAGCGGUCUCCUAGUCAGACUUAGGAGACACGCACACCACUCAUCGCUUCUGAGUAUAUUACUCGCUAAUGUCCAGUCCAUUUCCAGACCAAUGUGGACGAGAUCAGGGCAAGGGUUGCUUUCCAGAGAUAUCAGGGAUUGUAACAUACUAAGUUUGACGGAAACGUGGCUCUCUCGGGAUAUACUGUCCCCGUCCAUGCAGCCAUCUGGGUUCUCAGUACAUCGCGCCGACAGGAAUAAACAUCUCUCCGGGAAGAAGGGUGGGGGGGUAUGUUUCAUGACUAACAACUCAUGGUGUAAUUGUAACAACACACAGGAACUCAAGUCAUUUUGUUCACCCGACCUAGAAUUCCUCACAAUCAAAUGCCGACCGUAUUAUCUCCCAAGAGAAUUCUCUUCGGUUAUUGUUACAGCCGUGUAUAUCCCCCCUCAAGCCGAUACCACGACGGCCCUCAAGGAACUUCACUGGACUUUAUGCAAACUGGAAACCAUAUGUCCUGAGGCUGCAUUUAUUGUAGCUGGGGAUUUUAACAAAGCAAAUUUGAGAAAAAGGCUACCUAAAUUCUAUCAGCAUAUUACAUUUAAUUUUUUUACAUUUUAGUAAUUUAGCAGACGCUCUUAUCCAGAGCGACUUACAGUUAGUUAGUGCAUACAUUAUUUUAUAUUACAUUUUUUCAUACUGGCCCCCCGUGGGAAUCGAACCCACAACCCUGGCGUUGCAAACGCCAUGCUCUACCAGCUGAGCUACAUCCCUGCCGGCCAUUCCCUCUCCUACCCUGGACGACGCUGGGCCAAUUGUGCGCCGCCCCAUGGGUCUCCUGGUCGCGGCCGGCUACGACAGAGCCUGGAUUCAAACCAGGAUCUCUAGUGGCACAGCUAGCACUGCGAUGCAGUGCCUUAGACCACUGCUCCACUUGACUGCAGCACUCGCGCUGGAAAAACGCUGGAUCAUUGUUAUACUAAUUGCAUACAAGGUCCUCCCCCACGCUCCUUUUGGCAAAUCUUACCACGACUCCAUUUUGCUCCUCCCUUCCUAUAGGCAGAAACUCAAACAGGAAGCACCCGCGCUUAGGACUAUUCAACGCUGGUCUGACCAAUUGGAAUCCACGCUUCAAGAUUGUUUUGAUCACGCGGACUGGGAUACGUUCCGGGUAGCCUCUGAGAAUUACAGUGGGGAAAAAAAGUAUUUAGUCAGCCACCAAUUGUGCAAGUUCUCCCACUUAAAAAGAUGAGAGGCCUGUAAUUUUCAUCAUAGGUACACGUCAACCAGAAAAUCACAUUGUAGGAUUUUUAAUGAAUUUAUUUGCAAAUUAUGGUGGAAAAUAAGUAUUUAGUCAAUAACAAAAGUUUCUCAAUACUUUGUUAUAUACCCUUUGUUGGCAAUGACACAGGUCAAACGUUUUCUGUAAGUCUUCACAAGGUUUUCACACACUGUUGCUGGUAUUUUGGCCCAUUCCUCCAUGCAGAUCUCCUCUAGAGCAGUGAUGUUUUGGGGCUGUCGCUGGGCAACACGGACUUUCAACUCCCUCCAAAGAUUUUCUAUGGGGUUGAGAUCUGGAGACUGGCUAGGCCACUCCAGGACCUUGAAAUGCUUCUUACGAAGCCACUACUUCGUUGCCCGGGCGGUGUGUUUGGGAUCAUUGUCAUGCUGAAAGACCCAGCCACGUUUCAUCUUCAAUGCCCUUGCUGAUGGAAGGAGGUUUUCACUCAAAAUCUCACAAUACAUGGCCCCAUUCAUUCUUUCCUUUACACGGAUCAGUCGUCCUGGUCCCUUUGCAGAAAAACAGCCCCAAAGCAUGAUGUUUCCACCCCCAUGCUUCACAGUAGGUAUGGUGUUCUUUGGAUGCAACUCAGCAUUCUUUGUCCUCCAAACACGACGAGUUGAGUUUUUACCAAAAAGUUCUAUUUUGGUUUCAUCUGACCAUAUGACAUUCUCCCAAUCCUCUUCUGGAUCAUCCAAAUGCACUCUAGCAAACUUCAGACGGGCCUGGACAUGUACUGGCUUAAGCAGGGGGACACGUCUGGCACUGCAGGAUUUGAGUCCCUGGCGGCGUAGUGUGUUACUGAUGGUAGGCUUUGUUACUUUGAACCAGCUCUCUGCAGGUCAUUCACUAGGUCCCCCCGUGUGGUUCUGGGAUUUUUGCUCACCGUUCUUGUGAUCAUUUUGACCCCACGGGGUGAGAUCUUGCGUGGAGCCCCAGAUCGAGGGAGAUUAUCAGUGGUCUUGUAUGUCUUCCAUUUCCUAAUAAUUGCUCCCACAGUUGAGUUCUUCAAACCAAGCUGCUUACCUAUUGCAGAUUCAGUCUUCCCAGCCUGGUGCAGGUCUACAAUUUUGUUUCUGGUGUCCUUUGACAGCUCUUUGGUCUUGGCCAUAGUGGAGUUUGGAGUGUGACUGUUUGAGGUUGUGGACAGGUGUCUUUUAUACUGAUAACAAGUUCAAACAGGUGCCAUUAAUACAGGUAACGAGUGGAGGACAGAGGAGCCUCUUAAAGAAGAAGUUACAGGUCUGUGAGAGCCAGAAAUCUUGCUUGUUUGUAGGUGACCAAAUACUUAUUUUCCACCAUAAUUUGCAAAUAAAUUCAUUAAAAAUCCUACAAUGUGAUUUUCUGGAUUUUUUUUCCUCAAUUUGUCUGUCAUAGUUGACGUGUACCUAUGAUGAAAAUUACAGGCCUCUCAUCUUUUUAAGUGGGAGAACUUGCACAAUUGGUGGCUGACUAAAUACUUUUUUUCCCCACUGUAUAUAGAUGUAUACGCUGAUUCGGUGAGUGGGUUUAUAAGGAAGUGUAUAGGAGACGCCGUACCCACUGUGACUAUUAAAACCUACCUCAACCAGAAACCGUGGAUAGAUGGCAGCAUUCGUGAAAAACUGAAAGCACGAACCACUGCAUUUAACCAUGGCAAGGUGACUGGGAAUAUGGCAGAAUACAAACAGAGUGGUCGUUCCCUCCGCAAGACAAUCAAACAGGCAAAACGUCAAAAUCGAUACAAAGUGGAGUCACAAUUCAACGGCUUAGACACGAGACGUAUGUGGCAGGGUUUACAAAGAAUUACGAACUACAAAAGAAAAACCAGCCACGCCGCGGACACCGACGUCUUGCUGCCAGACAAGCUAAACAAGUUCUAUGCCCGCUUUGACAGUGCCACUGACGCAGCCAGCUACUAAGGACUGUGGGCUCUCCUUCUCCGUGGCCGACGUGAGUAAGACAUUUAAACAUGCUAGCCCUCGCAAGGCUGCCGGCACAGACGACAUUCCUAGCCACGUCCUCAGAGCAUGCGCUGACCAGCUGGCUGGUGUGUUUACGGACAUAUGCAAUCUCUCCCUAUCCCAGUCUGCUGUCCCCACAUGCUUCAAGAUGUCCACCAUUGUUCCUGUACCCAAGACUGCAAGGUAACUGAACUAAAUGACUAUCGCCCUGUAGCACUCACUUCAUCAUGAAGUGCUUUGAGAGACUAGUCAAGGAUCAUAUCACCUCCACCUUACCUGUCACUCUAGACCCACUUAAAUUUGCAUACCGCCCCAAUAGGUCCACAGAUGAUGCAAUCGCCAUCACACUGCCCUAUCCCAUCUGGACAAGAGGAAUACCUAUGUAAGAAUGCUGUUCAUUGACUAUAGCUCAGCAUUCAACACCAUAGUACCUUCCAAGCUCAUCAUCAAGCUUGAGGCCCUGGGUCUCAACCCCGCCCUGUGCAAUUGGGUCCUGAACUUCCUGACGGGCCGCCCCCAGGUGGUGAAGGUAGGAAACAACACCUCCACUUGCUGAUCCUCAACACUGCAGCCCCACAAGGGUGUGUGCUCAGCCCCCUCCUGUACUCCCUGUUCACCCAUUACUGCGUAGCCAUGCAAGCCUCCAACUCAAUCAUCAAGUUUGCAGACGACACAACAGUAGUAGGCUUGACUACCAACAACGAUGAGACGGCCUACAGGGAGGAGGUGAGGGCUCUCGGAGUGUGGUGUCAGGAAAAUAACCUCUCACUCAAUGUCAAAAAAACAAUAGGAGAUGAUCGUGGACUUCAGGAAACAGCAGAGGGAGUACCCCCCUAUCCACAUCGGCGGGACAGCAGUGGAGAAAGUUUUAAGUUCCUCGGCAUACCUAUCACUGACAAACUGAAAUGGUCCACCCACACAGACAGUGUGGUGAAGAAGGUGCAACAGCGUCUCUUCAACCUCAGGAGGCUGAAGAAAUUUGGCCUGUCACCUAAAACCCUCACAAACUUUUACAGAUGCACAAUUGAGAGCAUCCUGUCGGGCUGUAUCACCGCCUGGUACGGCAACUGCACCGCCCACAACCGCAGGGCUCUCCAGAGGGUGGUGCGGUCUGCACAACGCAUCACCGGGGGCAAACUACCUGCCCUCCAAGACACCUACAGCACCCGAUAUCACAGGAAGGCCAAAAAGAUAAUCAAGGACAACUACCACCCGAGCCACUGCCUGUUCACCCCGCUAUCAUGCAGAAGGCGAGGUCAGUACAGGUGCAUCAAAGCUGGGACCGAGAGACUGAAAAACAGCUUAUUUCUCAAGGCCAUCAGACUGUCUUUCUUCCACCCAGUGUAUUGACCAUAGACAUAUUGGUUUUGACGAGUCCUUUUUUUAAACAACAAAAUAGUUUCUUUCAUAUGUAGUGCUUUCAUUCUGGCGGUAGACAUUAUCUACAAAUACAUAAAAAAUACUGCCUACAUACAGACUUGAAAAUCACUGGCCACUUUAAUAAAUGGAACACUAGUCACUUUAAUAAUGCCACUUUAAUAAUGUUUACAUAUCUUGCAUUACCCAUCUCAUAUGUAUAUACUGUAUACUAUAUUCUAUACUAUCUAUUGCAUCGGGGGGCCAGUAUGAAAAAAAUAAAAAAAUAAUGUAUGCAUUAACUGUAAGUCGCUCUGGAUAAGAGCGUCUGCUAAAUGACUAAAAUGUAAAUGUAAAAUCUUAGCCUAUGCCGCUCUGACAAUGACAAUGCUCAUCCAUAUAUUUAUAUAUUCAUAUUCCAUUCCUUUACUUAUAUUUUUGUAUUAGGUUUUUGUUGUGGAACUGUUAGAUAUUACUUGCUAGAUAUUGCUGCACUGUCGGAACUAGAAGCACAAGCAUUUCACUACACUCGCAAUAACAUCUGCUAACCAUGUGUAUGUGACCAAUACAUUUGAUUUGAUGUAGAGGAAGGGUGCAUUUUGCAUUUUUACACUUCACUGUCUCAUCAUUCACUGUCUCAUCAUUCUCUCUCUCACUCUCUGUCUCAGUGACCAUCACGAAGAGUAUGGUAGUGAGGAAGAGGAGGUUCAGGAGGAAGAGGAGGGCUUCUCUUCAGGCUGGCCAGGCCUACCACAGAGAGGAGGGAGGUGGCCUGGAGAGAUGGUGAGAACUGUGUGUGCAUGUGUUCAUAUUUAGUAGGGGUGUAGGUAAAACAGUGGAAACUAUCUGUAGAUUUCUCUGAAUAUCUCUCAGGCUUCUAACUUUCUCUCUCUCGCGCGCUCUCUCGGGGGGUCAGAGGAGAGGAGGCAUGGUUAGACAAAACAUGGGCGGCCAGCUGAGGAACAACCGGCCUCCUAAUUGCCCCGGCAACCAUCCUGGACCAAUGAAACAACAGAACCGCAGUAUUAACGGUCAGUUAGCACCCCAAAACAUGAUAAAUAUAUAGUGAAUAUAAACCAGGACACAGAAGUUAGAAAGUCCACUGUUGUAACACACAGACCUGUUCAGAGAAGCAGAACUUCCCAACCAUGUUCAGUGACCUCAAUCACUGAUUGGUUGAUUGAUUGACUAUGUAAUUCCUACGACAGGGUCUUGACUCUGUUUACCUUCCUGUCUGGUUACAUUAGUUAGUCAGUCUGUCCAUCUGGUUCCUAGAUCUCAAUGUCUGACCCUGAGCCAAUCAAAUCCUCUCUCCUUUCAUUUAGCCAAUCAUCUUGUCCACUAAUGGGACCAUUACAACCAUAGCAGACCUGUUUUUUUAACUUAACGCCUAUAUUCAUUUCUCUCUCUCUUUCUCGCUCCCUCUCUCUCAGGUGCCAACUGGUGA